GUCCGAUUAGGAAACAAAAGUACGUAACCUUUCGUUAUAACUACACGUAAAUUGAAUAUAUUUUGUAUCGUGGAAAUAACUUGUGUGAGCAAAAAAAUUCCCCAAUUCUAAUUUAUUAAGAAAAAUAGUGAAUUCAUAUUGAUUACUAAAGUUUUAAAUCUAUUUUUUGUGUACUUUACACAAGGAGGAAAAUAGUAUCUGCAAUGCGGAGGCAGCGAAGAGUUAAUAUAUCUGGAGAUAUUGAUACUGAUUCUUAUGAAGUUGCCAGCAUGCCAUAUACUCCAUUCAAUAGAAAAUUGGAAGAUGGCAAAGAUUUUAUGGAACUAGAAAGGUUGUCAGCAUCACAUCGUUUUGAAAGUACCAUUGAAGCCAAGGUGGACGAAGGGGAUACUUUGCAAGCACUAGCGUUAAGAUUUCAUUGUACAGUAACCGAUAUAAAGCGGCUUAAUAAGAUUGACAAAGAUAACGAAAUUUAUGCCAGAAAAAUCAUAAAAAUUCCUGUUACUCCUCAUUCUGUAUUAUUAGAAACCCUACCGAUUGUGCAUAGAAGUGGUAGCAAUAGUCCAGCCCAAAGUGAACAUAAUUCUCUGGAAACAAAUAUAAUGCGCAAUCCAUUAGAAGAUGCGAAAGUUAUGCUGGGAGAGAAACUUAUUGUAGCUUCGGUAAAUUCAUCUGGAAAGAGCAAUGCAGAUUCAACUAACGCAAACAGUUCACUUUGGAAUUCAAAAUUGUCAAGCAAAAAUAAAAUUUACACAGAUCAAGAACCAAAUUCAUCUACUGACUCUACAGCACUAUUGGACGAUUUACUCGAUGAUGACUUCGCUGAUCCUCAGGUGCGGCCUAUACGAGGGCCAGCAUUAAGUGCUCUUCACUGGUCUGGUUCCGAUGGCGAUAUGACCUGGGUGUGCUUGUUUAUUGUAAUCUUGGCAUUGUGCUUUGCCAUACCGUUGAUUAUCGUGAUAUUUUGGGCUCAUCCCCAUACCAGCGGCAAUAACAAUAUGACAUCAACAGCAAACUGACCAAAUCGGUUGACACGUAUAUGACAAAUCUCUCUUAUGCAAUUAUUCAAUUACACGUACAUAUACACAAAUACAUAUGUAUGUGUAUAGAAUUUUUAAACUUAAAUCGUUAUAUUUUCGGAAGAGUAUGGACCUCAUGUCCAAACAUUUGUAUAUGCCGUAAACAAAAACUAUGAAAAUAGUCGAGUUGUAAAAUUAUUAAGUGCCUUCAUCUUUUUUAAUAUCGGAGAACUCUAAAGGUAUCUUGCUUGUUUUGAAAAAUGUUCGUUCAUAAAGAUUUAAUAUGUAUAAUAUAUUGUAACAAAUGUAGUUAGUAAUUUUGUACUAAAUAUUUACAUGUAAAGAUAUAUGAUGUAUAAUAUAGAAGUAUGUAUAUCCAUG